AUGGCUCUGCUCUCUGGGAACCCCGACCCCAACUUCACCCCCUACUCUUACAAUGGCUUCGAGAAGCUUUGCAAGGUGCAGGCUAAGAAGGGCUUAUUCUACAAGAAAGCCAGGCUCUUGCAUCCCGGAGAAGACUCCUGUUGCCCCACUUACUGUGAGGACUGGCCCCGCCAUGUCAUCAUCAACGUGGGUGGCAUCAAGUAUAGACUCCCUUGGACUACCCUAGAGAACUGUCCUCUGACCCGGCUAGAGCGACUGAAGUCCUGUCACAACCACGAUGAGAUCAUGAGUGUCUGUGAUGACUACGAUGUCAGCAGCAAUGAAUUCUUCUUCGACCGAAACCCUUGUGCCUUCAAGACCAUUAUGAAUUUCCUUACUGCAGGGAAGCUGCGGCUCCUUCGAGAGAUGUGUGCCCUCUCCUUCCAGGAUGAGCUGGCUUACUGGGGGAUUGAGGAGGAGUGCCUCGAGUGGUGCUGCCUUAGGAGACUUCGGCAGAAGGAAGAAGAGGCGGCCGAAGCCCAGUUCUACGAGACUGAACUGAUAGUGAAUGAGUCUCCUCCGCCUUGUGCCUUCCAGGAGGGCAGUCGGCUGGCUCAGUGCAUGAGACAGCUCAGGGACAUGGUAGAAAAUCCUCACUCUGGGAUUCCAGGGAAGAUGUUUGCCUGCAUCUCCGUCUCCUUCGUGGCCAUCACGGCGGUCAGCCUCUGCAUGAGCACCAUGCCGGACAUACGAGCUGAGGAAGAUCGGGGUGAAUGCUCCCCAAAGUGCCACAACCUCUUUGUGCUGGAGACUGUCUGCGUGGCCUGGUUCUCCUUUGAGUUCCUCCUCCGCUCAAUCCAGGCUGAGAGCAAGUGCGCCUUCCUCCGGACACCACUCAACAUCAUUGACAUCCUGGCCAUCCUGCCUUUCUACAUCUCUCUUAUUGUGGAUCUGGCUUCUGCCCAAAACAGCAAGCCAGGUGGGGCUGGGAAUAAAUACCUAGAGCGAGUGGGACUUGUGCUGCGUUUCCUUCGAGCUCUGCGCAUCCUGUAUGUCAUGCGAUUGGCCCGUCACUCCCUGGGCCUCCAGACCCUAGGGCUGACUGUGCGCCGCUGCACUCGUGAAUUUGGCCUCCUUCUCCUCUUCCUCUGUGUGGCCAUGGCCCUUUUCUCCCCAUUGGUUUACCUGGCAGAGAGUGAACUAGGAGCUGGGAAAGAGUUCACCAGCAUCCCUACCAGCUACUGGUGGGCAGUCAUCUCCAUGACCACUGUGGGCUAUGGAGACAUGGUACCCCGGAGCAUCCCUGGGCAGGUGGUCGCUCUGAGCAGUAUCCUCAGUGGCAUCCUCCUGAUGGCCUUUCCAGUCACCUCCAUCUUCCAUACCUUCUCUCGUUCCUACACAGAGCUGAAAGAACAGCAACAGAGGGCUGCGAAUCAUGAGAUGCACCUCUUGGAGGAGAGCACCAGGUCCCACACAGAAGACAGUUCUUCCCAAGCCUUGGAUAGCUCCUUCCUACCAGGGGGACCUGCAGCUGCCGCUGCCCUGGAGCAACAAUGGGCAAUAGCAAAUCACACCUCUAGGAAGAGCUGCUGA